GGCCAUGUCUGUAUGUUGCCUGUUGCUGUAUGUACAAUAGAUCCAUGUGUAUCUACCACUGGACUCCGUACAGCUACAGUUUGCACGUUGUUUAUAAAUAUUAAUGAAUAUAGGCAUUGGAAUUUGGCUUAAAAGUCUGACUUACGUUUAUGGGAGCUCGUGUUUUUCGUUAACAGAUGUUAUUUUUUAUCUGAAUAGUCCUGCGCCGUGUUAGCUUCCGUGGUUCAGCUGAUGCUAGAUGCUAGCUUGCAGCCAUUAGCUCUGAUGUCUUAGCGUGGCAUGUUUAAAAUCCGACCACUGUUGAGUGCCUUAGUGAACAGCAGAGUGACGUCAGAGAGAAACGGUGGCCUUUGUAAGUUAUUUUGCAUGAUGAGUGAAGGAUCCAGAGAUGAGCAGACAGCCAAGCAGCUGAAAAGAGCCAAUGAGGAAAAUAAAGCUGAGGAUGUACAGGCUACAAAAAAGCUAAAAACAGAGGGGGAAAACAUUGAAGAUGAAAAGAGAUUUCCCAAAAAGAAAGUGGUCCUCCUCCUGGCAUACUCCGGAAAGGGAUACUAUGGCAUGCAGAGAAAUCCUGGGACCUCUCAGUAUAGGACAAUUGAAGAUGAAUUAGUCACUGCACUUGUUAAAUCAGGUUGCAUUCCUGAAAACCACAGUGACGAAAUGAGGAAGAUGUCUUUCCAACGAUGUGCCAGAACAGAUAAGGGUGUGUCUGCAGCUGGCCAAGUGGUGUCUCUGAAGCUGCGGUUGAUGGAAGACAUCCCUAAAAAAAUCAAUGAGCAUCUGCCACCACAGAUCAGAGUGCUCGGUUCAAAGCGAGUAACCCAGGGUUUCAAUUCCAAAACAAACUGUAACGGUCGUACAUACACCUAUAUGCUUCCCACAGUUGCCUUCGCCCCAAAAGACUAUGAUACUGGGAAUAUAGCAUCCUUUCGCCUUGAGCCAGAGACACUUGAGAGGGUAAACCGUCUAUUUGCUCUCUACAAAGGCACCCAUAACUUCCACAACUUCACCUCUCAGAAGGGUCCGAAUGACCCCAGUGCCCGCCGCUACAUCACAGAGAUGUCCUGUGGAGAGCCUUUUAUCAACAGCAAUAUUCAGUUCGCAGUGAUUACCGUCCGAGGUCAGAGCUUUAUGAUGCACCAAAUCCGCAAGAUGAUCGGCCUAGUGCUUGCGGUUGUAAAGGGCUAUGCGAAGGAGGAGGUGAUGGAGCGAAGCUGGGGACGGGAUAAGGUGGAUGUGCCCAAAGCUCCAGGCCUGGGGCUGGUGCUGGAGAAGGUCCACUUUGACCGGUACAACAAACGAUUCGGAGGGGACGGGCUGCACGAGCGGCUGGAGUGGGACCGUGAGGAGGAGGCGAUCAAGACCUUCAAGGAGGCUUACAUCUACCCCACCAUUGUUGAGACGGAGUGUAAGGAGGGCUCCAUGGUCAGCUGGAUGUCUACGCUUCCUAUCCAUGACUUUGAAGCUACAGCCUCAGCUACUGACACACGAGGCAAUAAAGACCAGAAACAGGACAAUGCAAAUGGUGGUGAUGACUCUGAUUAGGUCAUCCCGGCUGCUGAAAGAGGAGACGCUCUCUCAUCAAAACAUUCUUCUUUGUUUAUUGACAACAAGCUUUCUUUUAAAUAUAUCUUCCAAGAUUGACUUUUUUUCUGCUUCUCUUAUACAAGUGUUAUUAAACAAACAACAAGAUAAUAAAACCUCUGUGUUCUUCAUUGUACCCUUAA